AGUCCCAGCUGGAGCUUGGAAGGCCCAUGGCCGAGAGCUCCCUCUAUCGGCAGCGGCUGGAGGUCAUUGCGGAAAAGCGGCGGCUGCAGGAGCAGAUCCGCGCGGCGCGCCGGGAACUGGAGGAGGAGAAACUCCGCGUGGAGCGGCUCAAGAGGAAAUCUCUCCGGGAGCGUUGGCUAAUGGAUGGGGCCGCUGAAGGGCCACAGCAGCCCGAGGAUCCCGGCUCUAAGGACCCCCAGUCGCCGGAAGGCCAGGCUCAGGCACGCAUCAGAAACUUAGAAGACAGCUUGUUCACACUCCAGAGUGAGCUGCAGCUGUUGCAAAGUGCGUCCACAGGUGCCCAGCACAAACCCUUGGGUAGGCUCACCUGGCGCAGACAGAGUCACCGUCCUGUCUCCCAACCCACCAUGGAGGCGGGUCUUGCAGGCCAGGCUGAGCCGGACAAGAGAGCUUCCCUGCCGACUGGACUGGUGGGCGCCUCCCCAGAGGUCCCCUCUGAGCCCCAGGAGGAGGCGGCGGGGGUUCUGCCACCACAGAGGCAGGUCCCUGGGGCCGUGGGGGCCUCCCCAGAAGCCAACGGCCCCUGCCCUGGACCCAGCCCUGGCAGGGAGCAGGAGCGGAGCCUGGAGCCGGGUGUAGUGGAGGCCAAAGGGGCUGGCGUGGUGGAGGUGGUGUGGGAGGGCCUGCGGGCCCCGGGGGACUGUGCCACGGGGACACUGGGGACAUCGGGCCUGGAGCUGGAGGCGAGGGUGGAGGAGGUGGUACUGGAAGCCAUUGGGGACAGGCAGGGGGCUGGCAGCCCCGAGCUCCCAGCCUGGGUGAAGGAGGACAGGGGUGUGGCGGAGGUGGUCUGGGAGGGGCUGGGGGGCACCGAGUCGCAGGCCGGCGAGGUGGGCCCAGAGGCCACACUGAGCAGCUUGCCAGGGCUCCGGCCGAGACUGCAGGGAGAUGCUUCCCGGGAGGGAGAAGGUGCUCCCGGGGGCAGCCCCGAGGCCGAGGGGCAGGGGGGCUCUGGAGGGGAGGAGGGGUCCUUCAUCUGGGUGGAAAGAGCGACUCUCAGCGAGGACUGGGAGGAGCUGCUGAUGGAGGGGCUGGAGGGGCCCGUGGUGACCGAGGGAGGAGGCCAGGAAGCCUGGGAGGUGGGGAGGAGGCGAGCAGAGGAAUCCCCGGGGGCGGGAGGUGAGGAAAGUGAGGCAAAGCCAGGGACAGGGAGGGACACAGCUGUGAAUGCAAGUGAGGGGCCACAGCAGCCAGAGAGAGGAGGUGAGGGAGAGGGAGCGGCUGGGGAGCCCUUGGGCACCGAGAUAAAAGUCGCUGAGGACCCGUCCGGAGUGGAGAGAAAAGAAGUCGAGGGGCCUUUGGGGACAGAGAAGGAAAGAGGGGAAGAAAAGCAAGCCGCAGAGAAAGAAGAGGAGGAAGCUCUGGGAGUGGAGGAAAAAGGAGGCCAGGAAAUGCCAGGGGCAACUGAGGAAGCACUAGAGGCAGAGAGGGAAGGAGGUGAGGCAGCCUCAGGGGCAGAGAGGGAGGGAGGUGAGGAAGGACUCGGGGCACAGAAGACCCAGGGGACUGAGGAAGAGCUGGGCUCAGGAGGGCAGAGAGAGUCUGGGGAAAGGACGGAGUCCCAGGGGGAGGUGAGCGAGGCCGGGGCCACCCUUGGGGUCAAGCAGGAGCCAGUGCCAGGGGAGGGACCGCGGCCCCUGGAGGAGGAAGCCGCGCAGCUCCGAACCCCUGCGGAGAGCCAGGGGCCCCCAGGGGACGCCAUGCCCCUCCUGAGAGCGAGCCCAGCCGCACAGCAGCCCACCGAGAGGCAGCCUCUGCUCCAGCGGGGGAGGCCCAGAGCCAACCCCAGUGCCCACCCCGCGCCCACCUACGCCCCCGCCCGGCAGCCCGAGCCGGCCGCCCCGGCCGAGGGCGAAGAGGCCAGGGGCCCCAAGCAGAAGUCGUGCCAGUGCUGCGCCCUGAUGUGA